UUCACCCAGCAAUUCAGCCUGAGUUAGUUCAGUGUAAACGCGUUGUCCGAAGCUAAUUCGACCAUCAUAUCUCUGGUAUCUGGCGAUUCUGAAGUAGACCACGACCUUGAAGACCUUAUCCUGUCCAGCAUCCUCAACGGAAAAUAGUGAUAACAGUGAAGCUUUCAGCUUUUCGUACUGAAUGAGUUCCGCAACAUGGACGAUGCGGUGCGCUGUAUCUAAGGCGCAUGCGCUCUCGCCGGGUCGAAAGCGUGUCACACCCCAGACCUUGAGUCUUCUGCCGGACUGGCUUCCACCAAUCUAUCCAGCCUCGCAAGCACAUGAUGCGUAAAGCGCAGCGCGGGCCCAAUCUACUCGCUUGUGUACUGUGGUGUACCUUAGCAGCCCAUUACAGCAGCAGAGCAGGGGUUGAAUAAGUAUCGUGCUUCCACUAUUUCCUCGCAUUAGCUGCUCGUAUCACCCCCAUGAAGCGCCGGUCUAGAGUGACUAGAAGCUACUCCGCGCCACUAUGUCCUUCAGAGCUCGAAUUAAGCGUCCGCAAAACGUCAAAACACCGAGCGGUGCCCCAAUUUUCGUACUCGCAAUACCCCAUUCGUACCUUCUCACUGCUGUCCAUCCCACCUAUUACGUUUAUGGCAGCCUAAAAUCCGUACGGUGUCCCGGCGUACGACUGCGACCCG